AUGGCCAUGAAAGACCUCCUUCUAUACAUUUCUUUUCUGAUUGGCAUUCAUAUAGUAUUGGGGGCAGCUACAAAUCAACGUUGCUCUGGCAAUACCGCAAAAGAUCGAAGCAAGUGGUGCAACUACGAUAUAAAUACGGAUUACUACAAUGUGGUACCAAACACUGGCGUUACUAGGGAAUAUUGGUUCGACAUCCGCGAGGAACAUUUGGCCCCUGACGGGGUCUCUCGAUAUGUGCAGGUCAUCAAUGGUUCAAUACCAGGACCUACUAUACACGCCAAUUGGGGUGACGAAGUGGUUGUCCACGUCAGAAACGAUCUUUCGAGCUCAACCAAUGGAACCAGUAUCCAUUGGCACGGUAUUCGGCAAAAUUAUACCAACCAGAAUGAUGGUGUUGUCUCUGUCACCGAAUGUCCGACUGCUCCGGGAAAUACAAUCACCUACAAAUGGCGCGCCACUCAGUACGGAACUACAUGGUAUCAUUCUCAUUUUUCCCUGCAAGCCUGGGAAGGUGUUUUUGGAGCCAUUGUCAUUGAUGGGCCUGCAAGUGCAAAUUACGAUGAGGAUGUAGGCGCUAUUGUCUUGACUGACUGGAGUCAUAAAACAGCAGACGAGCUGUACUAUUACGAUAAAAAGAACGGCCCUCCGUACUUGGAGAAUGGUUUAAUAAAUGGUAUCAAUAUUUAUAACAAUGGUCAUCAACAGGUUGGCCAACGUUUUACCACUAAAUUCCAAUCUGGUAGUUCCUACCGUCUUCGCCUGGUCAAUACUGCCCUUGACACUCACUUCUCCUUUUCUAUCGACAACCAUACUAUGACUGUAAUUGCGGCAGACCUUGUUCCAGUUGAGCCAUAUACUACAGAUGUUCUCCCCAUAGGCAUUGCGCAACGAUACGAUGUCAUUGUCAAGGCAGAUCAAGCUCAUGUUGCCAACAAAUUCUGGAUGCGUGCAGUUCCCCAGACUGAUUGUUCGAGCAACAACAGUACCGAUAACAUUCGGGGCAUUGUUUACUAUGGCAAUGCACAAGGCACCCCGUCGACCACUGGUUAUAAUACCACAACAGGCUGUACCGAUCAAUCAGGUAGUCUGACGCCAGUAGUGUCAAAAACUGUUUCUCAAGACUUUGCAUACUACGAAAACGAAACAGUGACUCUUGGCACCGACAGCGCAGGGCUGUUUAUUUGGCAAGUUAACGACGUGUCAAUGCUGGUUGAUUGGCAAAACCCUACACUGCUGCAAGUCUACAAUAACCAAAAAAACUGGUCCAACACCGAAGGAGUCAUAGAAGUCGACGAAGCCAACAGAUGGGUCUAUGUCCUAGUACAAAGUAGCCUAAGUGUCCCACAUCCGAUUCACUUGCAUGGCCAUGACUUUUCUGUUCUUGCUCAGGGAACCGGAACCUACGACCCAAGUACAGCUGUGAGUAAAUUCGACAACCCAGCGCGCCGAGACACCGCCAUGCUUUUGGCAGGGGGUUACCUUCUUUUAGCAUUCCAGACUGAUAAUCCUGGGGCUUGGUUGAUGCACUGCCACAUCGGCUUUCAUACAGUCGGAGGUCUUGCCAUCCAGUUUGUCGAACGGUAUAGUGAGAUUCGGGGCCUAAUUGACUAUAACACUCUUUCCCACACAUGUAAUUCUUGGGAUCACUGGCAGAACUCUACACAUCUGGUGGAUAUCGACUCUGGAGUUUAG